AUGGCCUCCAAACCCCAAAUCGCCAAUGACCUUCCCAAGGUUAACCGCUUCAUCACAACCCACGAUCCCACCACCAAGAAAGCCAUAUUCUCCGAUGCGGUUCCAGAAGAAGCCAAAGUCGACCACAUUCCCAAUGCCGACUUCCGGCUCGGAUACGUUACCAAGGGAUUUCCCGUCGAUCUGAACAAAGACGCCGACCUAGCGGUCUACAAGCCUUACCUCGAGUCAUCUCCAGGUCUGGUCGUUGGAGGAGGAACAGUGCUACGCUUUGUAGACGUAGCACCUGGUCAUCUUUCCCCUAUGCAUCGUACAGUCUCUCUUGACUACGGUGUCGUGCUGGAAGGUGAGAUGGAGUUGGUGCUGGAUUCGGGAGAGACAAGGUUGAUGAAGAGGGGAGAUGUUGCGAUUCAGAGGGGCACAAUGCAUGCUUGGAGAAACACCAGCACCACAUCUUGGGGACGCAUGAUGUAUGUUCUACAAGAAUGUAAACCAGUAGAGGUCGGUGGUGAGGCCCUAAAGGAGGACUACGGAAACAUGCAGGGUGUUCCAGCAUCGUCGUAG